CGUCUACCUCCCAGUUCUCAGCUCAGAGUUGCUGAGUAGUGGCAGGACCUUUGGGAUCAGAAAACAGCUCAGCACUUUGAGCUGAAAAAAAAAGAAAGAAAAGAAAAGCGCCUCAGAGGCACGCUGCCAUUGCCUGGAUACUACAGAGCUACAUCCCUGAACAUGGGACGCAGAGGGAGAGACUGCACCUCACGUUCUGCUGCCGGAAGUGCAGCCUGGUGAACCGGUUCUAGUAAGAAUCUCAGUUUAGCAGUUUUUGGAGCAAACAGAUCAAAGCACACUUCUCAAGACCACUAAACCCAGCAGGUAUAUUUCAUCUUCUGGACUAAUCUGCUGCCUCUUGGUGUUUUUUUUUUUGUUGUUGUUGUUUGUUUGUUUGUUUGUUUUCCUUGCUGGGGAUCUCUGCAGAGACUGACUGAGAAGACAGCUUUGCAGAUUCUACCUGAUCACCCCAAAGGACCAGUGUUCCCAAAGCUGAAGAGGUGAAGGUUCUGAGCAGUGACCAGAGACUUGGGAAGCCAAAAUUAAGGUACCUGCCAAGAUGUUCCACUUACAGGGUCCACAAGUGCUGCAGAUGUUAGAGAAAUCCUUGAGGAAGAGCCUCCCUGAGUCCUUAAAGGUUUAUGGGACCGUCUUCCACAUGAACCAGGGAAACCCGUUCAACCUAAAGGCCCUGGUGGACAAGUGGCCUGAUUUUAAUACAGUGGUUAUCCGCCCUCAGGAGCAGGAGAUGACAGAUGACUUUGACCACUACACCAACACUUACCAAGUCUAUACUAAGGAUCUCAAGAACUGUCAAGAAUCCCUUAGCGCAUCAGAUGUCAUCAACUGGAAACAACAUUUGCAGAUCCAAAGUUCACAGUCCAGCCUGGAUGAGUUGAUACGGAAUCUUGCAAUCACUAAAUUCGUGAAGGUCAAGCAAACACAGUGCAUUCUCUAUAUGAUGCCUGUAUCGGUAAGGAAAUUGCUUCCUUCCUUACCGGAGACAAAGAACUUACCUCUUAGAUCCAGCAGCCCCAAGGCCAUUAAUCAAGAGAUGUUUAAACUCUCAUCCUUGGAUCCUACCCACGCCGCCUUAGUGAAUAAAUUCUGGUCUUUCGGUGGCAAUGAGAGGAGCCAGAGAUUCAUCAAGCGCUGUAUCCAGACCUUCCCCAGCGUCUGCCUUCUGGGACCUGAGGGGACCCCUGUGACCUGGUCCCUGCUGGACCAGACAGGAGAGAUUCGGAUGGGGGCCACCUUGCCUGAGUACCGGGGCCAGGGUCUGAUCUCCCAUAUGCUGUUUGUCCAUACCCAGGCUCUGGACAAACUUGGCUUCCCUGUGUAUAACCAUACAGACAAAGCCAAUAAAAUCGUACAGAAAAUUAGUCACAAUCUACAUAAUACCCCCAUGCCCUGUGACUGGAACCAGUGGAAUUGUGUGCCUCUGUGAAGUAGCCCUGAACCCAAGACAGUUUUGUGUGGGUUGGUCACAUGGCAAGAGAUGCAGAGGGACAGAAAGAAAGAAUAAAUUGUAAUCAGUAGUAAAUCAGUGUGUGUUGUUUGGGCUCUGGGGAAGCACUGUGAAUGUCAACAAAACCACUGGAAUCCCUCUUCACAAACCCCUCAUGAACUUCCCUGUGGGUCCAGCAGACCGGGCAUGGCCAGACCUACUAUUUCCUGCGUAUUCCAACCCUGGAAGCCACCAUUCUACUCUGUUUCUAUGAGUUCAACCUUUUUUUUUUUUUUUUUUUUUUUUUUAAGAUUCCGCACUUGAGGGAUAUCACACAGUAUUUCUGUUUCUCUGUCUGGUUUAUUUUACUGGCUCACAAUUUUCCUUUAAUGCACAUGACUGUUAAGGAAAGUAUCCAUAAUCAAUAAAGAAUAAAUGCAACCCACUA